GACGCGAGAGUGGCUCCUUACGCAGCAGCUCCAGCAACUACAGAUGGACACGUUUUGGGCGUUGUCGAUGGUGUUCACUGCAUGCACUUUCCUGUGGAGGCCGUCACAACAACAAGGAAUUUUCGUGACAUCUGGAGGCCUAAAUCAACAGCAGUCAUCACAUGGAAGUGCAGUGACCUUUGUUCGACCUGGAGCAGUCAGAAGACGAAGACCGGAAAGCGUUUCAGGACUACAGAAUGUCAGUCGGACGACUAACCCAGAAAGAGAGAAGCGCUUUUUGCCACUAUUCUCAGUGCUCCAGUUCCAGAACCAGGAAUGUGUAUCAUCAACAGGAAAUAUUGGAACAUGCAUGACAGUAUCAGAAUGUGAACAGCGAGGUGGAAUUGUCAAUGGCACUUGUGCUGGGGGCUACGGUGUCUGUUGUGAAUUUUAUGCUACUUGUGGACAAACUGUGAGAGAAAACAACACAUAUUUCAUUAGUGCGAACUAUCCUCAACCUUAUGAUGGAACAGGAGCAUGCCGGUUGCUUGUCAGCAAGCUGCGCUCUGAUGUCUGCCAGUACAGGCUUGAUUUUGAUGAGUUCAGAAUAGCUGGUCCUGAGCCUGUAAACAACACCUGCAUUUAUGACCAGUUUCUUGUUACUGGAGGCAGUCCUAUAAAUGAGAUAUGUGGAAUCAACAAAGGCAACCACAUGUAUGUUGAUGCCAAUGAGGGCCAAAUUAGUCCCAUUGCCCUAACAUUUGUAACCAGUGGGCCCACAUUUUCAAGAAGCUGGAAAGUGAGAGUCAGCCAAAUAGCCUGCUCAUCACCGCUUAGAGCUGAAUCAGGAUGUCUUCAGUAUUUUACUGGAGUAACAGGACAAGUUAAAUCAUUCAAUUAUGAUCCAGAAGUUGGCCUACAGUUAUCUAACCAGGACUACAGCAUCUGCAUUCGAACUGAGAGAAAUUUCUGUGGUAUACAAUAUGCAACAUGUCCAGAUACAGUAAACAAUAGGACUCAUGCUUUCACACUAACCGACAACACAUUAAGUCCAACUGCAAAUAUACCAGCGCGUGUUGCCAGUGCAGGGCCUUAUGCAUGUACAACGGACUGGCUUAAUAUACCAUGUGCAGUAAAUGCUGGACGUAGAUAUCCAGCUCAAUGUGUUGAUCGUAUUUGUGGAGGAACGUUCAGUGCAGAAGUUGGACAGCAGACAGCUUUUGUCUACAGUAGGACAAGACCAUUCCGGCUGGCUUUUCAUACUGACAGCUCUGAAGCUCCAAAUGACAUUGGGAACAGAGGUUUCUGCCUCAACUACAUUCAACAGCCUUGCUCAGCCUUAAAUGGGUGAUUUAUUUUGUAGGCACCAGUAAGGGAAACUGUUAUUAUUGAAAAUUCAUGUUAACUAAUAUGAGCUGUGAUCAAAGAGUUAAAGGAAAUUUGGUUUUUCUUAAAGACUUUGCUUAUUCAUCAAUAUAAACUUUUUUCCUUUCAAAGUAACCCCCUCAGAUAUAAUACACUUAUAUCACUGCUCUUUCUGACCUUUGAAUCACUUCUGGAACUCAGUGUUUGUUAUGGUGCUCAGCUCCUUCACCAAUUCUGCUUUUAUCUCAUCAGUGGUGGCAAAAUGAUGUCCUUUCAUGUUGCUCUACAGCCUUAGAAAUAGAAAGAAGUCACAGGGGCUUGAAGUCCGAGGGGGCCUUGUGUGGUGAAUAUGGUGGCCGAUGCAGCAUAAAGGUUUCCUGGCAAAAAAUCAUAAACAGGAAUUGACAUGUAGCGGGAGCAUUAUUGUGAUACUAUUUCCACAAGUGGCUUUGGCUUCAUUCUGUUUAUUUUCUUCAGACUGCUUCACACAAAUGACACAUAGCUUCUAGAUAGUACUCCAUAUUGACCUCAUGACCAUAAGGCAAGAACUCAUGGUGUACUAUUCCAUUGUAAUUGAAGACAACAGUGAGAAGAAUCUUCUCACAUGGUCAGAUGCGCCAAAUUUUUUUGUGUCUUAGCUCUUCAGGCUAUUUCAUUUGGGACAAUUGCGGCAUGGUUUCAAUGUAAUAUCCAUAUACUCAUGUUUCAUUACCUGUUAUAACUGUCUUUAGAAGCUCUGGAUCAUUGUUGGCUUCAUUCAGCAAUUCCUGAGCAAUGACUACACAGGGUCAUUUUUGAUCGAAAUUCAACACUUUUAGAACAAACUUUGGUGCUACAUGUUUCAUGCCCAGACCUACAAAAAAUUGCUCUGAAUGACAGAAAAGCUAUGACUAAAUGAUCAGCAACCUCUCUGAUUGUGUUUCGGCAAUUACCCACAACCAUUUUCUUUACUUCUUCCACAUUGUCAUCAGUAACUGAAGAGCUAGGACAUCCAGGGCAGUCAUAAUCUCCAACAUCUUCUCAACCCUUUCUGAAACAUGUAUACAACUCUUUACUUCUUGUCUUACUCAUAGUAUGUUUACCAAAAACCACAGUCAAUAUUUCAAAAGUGGUGCUGCAGUUCAUUCCAUUUUUCAGCAAAAUUUAAUGCAGAUUCUUUGAUCUACCUUUUUCGAAGGCAAUGAUUUGCCAAGCACUCAAAAACAUGUAUCCCCUUUUUGGCUGUCAACAAUAAGCUAAAGAUUCAAAACAGCUCAAAAUGCAAACAUACAUCUGGCACAUGUGUGCCAACAAGAAAAAGAAAUUGAAAAUGAGAUUAUAAAGUGUGAGAAAUUUAAAAAAUUUCCAUUACAUUUUGAUCACACUUCUUUCCUCAAAUAAUAUAUCUGCAUAAAAAUUCAGGUAAAAUUUAAUCCUGCCAAUGUGUGUUGAACAGUUAUCUGAAAAACAAAGAAUUGAGCUAUCUGAAUACAAUAGCAGUUUUAUGAAAAUAACAGAUUUCUUCUCACCACUCAGGGAAACUGAUGAGUCCCAGACAGGCACAAUAAAAAGACAACCAAAUCUUAGUAGUCUUAGUAGCAUGUCUUCAACUCAGUGCGUGCUCUGUGUGGUGAGUUGGAAUCUAUCUAUCUAUUGUUGUUAUUUCAACCCUGACGUCCACUGUUUGAAUACAAUACUGACUGCAUUUAUAUGUUAUUUGAUUUAUUGAGAAUGAUAUGCCUUUACUGUGUAGUGAAUGUUUUCUUAUCACCGUUAUUUUCCAUCAACAGUAUAGACAUUUAACUAAAUGUAGUUUGAAUAACAUGUUAUUGUAAUAAAAGUACUGUCUUCAUUGUCAAGUAUAUGUGAAUAUGUAUGUAAAUUUACAUUUUGUUUAAUAAAAAGAAGUUGUAUUUUUUAAAA